ACUUUUACACCGUUAUUUUACAUGUCUAAAAACCGGUUUAACCGGAACUUUCUGUCAGCCGUAGUAUCGAGUACACAGGAGUGGAGAGCCAAGAGGAGAGCGAACUGAACUAACAGAGAGAAACACAUCAUCUGUUUUGCCGGACACGCGUCUCAUUCAGGUCGAGGCCUACUUUGAGUGACCCCUGCAGGUCAGCGGAGACAAGUGAAUCCAGCCCUGGGCCAGGUCACCUGCGGCAGGUUGCAGGAUCCAAGAGCGUUCCCCAUCGCAAAUAAUGAUUCUAGUAAUAAUGAUGUUCGCUUGAGCGACAACAUGAUGGUGCGCGGAGGGCGCCGUGUGAUCCUCUAUUUGUCUUUCGCCGCCAUUGUUUUGCUGCUCGUGUACAGCUUGGUGCAGCAAACAUGCUCAUCUCCAAAGAACGUGAUGGUGCCCAAAUCAGUAAGACAAUUUGUCGAGGGCGUUGACAAGAAGAAGUAUGAGUAUCACAGAGAGAUGCCGCUUAUUUUUAUCGGCGGUGUUCCGCGCUCUGGGACAACUCUAAUGAGAGCCAUGCUUGAUGCCCACCCUGAAAUCAGAUGUGGGCAGGAGACUAGGGUCAUUCCCCGAAUCCUACAAAUGAGAAACCACUGGUUGAAAUCACAGAAAGAAAGUCUUCGGUUAGAAGAAGCAGGCCUAUCAAAAUCGGUGCUGGACUCGGCCAUAGCAGCGUUUAGUCUUGAAAUCAUAGCAAAGCACGGGGAGCCAGCGCCUCGCUUGUGCAAUAAGGACCCCCUCACCCUGAAAAGUGCUGUGUACCUCUCUGAACUCUUUCCAAAUGCCAAGUUUAUCUACAUGGUGCGGGAUGGGCGAGCCACGGUUCACUCAAUCAUCAGUAGAAAGGUGACCAUAACAGGAUUUGAUUUAACCAACCCAAAGCAGUGCUUGGAAAAGUGGAAUGCCGCCUCUGAAACCAUGCACAACCAAUGCAAAAAGGUUGGGGCUGAUCGUUGCCUGCCAGUCCCUUACGAGCAGCUGGUGCUUCAUCCGAAAGUGUGGCUGCAGAAAAUUUUGAAGUUCUUAGACGCUCCUUGGCACGAUUCAGUAUUGCAUCACGAGGAAGCGAUUGAUAAGCCUGGCGGAGUGCAAUUAUCAAAAGUUGAGCGUUCAUCGGACCAGGUUAUAAAACCUGUGAACCUAGAGGCUUUAAACAAAUGGGUUGGAUCGUUCCCUGAUGAUGUCGUUCGAGAUAUGCCAAAUAUUGCCCCCAUGCUAGCCGUUCUUGGCUACGAUCCAAAGGACAACGCUCCAAAGUAUGGAUCGCCCGAUGCUAUCGUCGUUGAAAACACGAAUGACAUUAAAAAGAAUAAGAAUGAGUGGAACAGGCGGAUUGAAGACGCUUUAGGCAAAACAGUCGAGGAACCGCCAGCAGAGGCAGACAGCUAAAAAUAUAUUAUAUCAACUCAAGAAGACUCAACACUAAUUCAGUGCCACAUUGUGAUCACAAUUUUAGAGACAAGAGUUUUACAGAAAAAAAUGUUCAUGUCACUUUGCAUCUAUAUUGGCCAGUUUUGUUCCGAGUUGUUGUGAAAAAAGACAAUUUUUGCAGUGUACUUACCACACCCCAUGCCAUGAAUUUGAUUCAUUUUGGAAGUUAUGUUAUCCGCUGCGCACAAUAAUUGUUGAUGGCAUCAUUUUUUUAUUUGUUGACGUGUUUAUUAUCUUAAAACUGUUUUCUAGUAUGUAAAAAGGGUUAUUCUCGUGUGAAAUAUGCACAACUGCGAUCUGUAUUUUGUAUUUGUAUUAAAUCUGCGUGAAACUGCAUCCAAUUCGUUUAAAACCUGUGACCGUUUGUGGGAGCGACACGAUAUGAGGCAGGGAUCUGAAUACAACUUAAGCCACAGACACUUAGCAUUUGGCUGCAAAGAAGUGAGUGAAUCCACUUCUCUGAUGGGAUCAAAAAAUACUAUUUUAACUCACUGCAUGGACUUAAAAUACGUGUGUAUUUAUUCUUCAGGGUAUAUGUAUUUUUUUCACUUGAUAACCAGCCUGGUCAAGAGCCGCGACCGAUGUUGUGUGAAUGUGAAAAUAUACUUGUCAUCUUAA